AUGUUUGAUGUCGGCAUGACUUCCUCUAGGAAAGCUUAUUACCCUCUCCCGGAUACACUCACUCAGCAGGACGUUCUUAAAUUCCUGCAUAAUCGCACCGCACUUGCACACCUCUUUUGGCACCCACAGGUGGCGGAAGUGGAUGAAAGGCGCACCAGCCCCACAUCAACGAAUUUUAGCAUUGGGUCAGCUCCUACAAAGGGGAAAGCCACCAUAACUACCGCGGCCGACGAAGCUGUCUGCGAAGAGGAGCUGCCUUUCGGUCUCAGAAUGAGGGUGGUUUAUAGAGUCAUUGACACCUCGGUUGGCGGUUAUGGUAAUGGAGUUUCUGCAUCCUCGGACCGUCUCAUAUUACCCGAGUCGCGCCUGUGCUUAGAAGAAGAACGGUCUGUGGCCGUCCCUAGGCCCCUUUCGUUACUUGUAAAUCUGAAAGAUGGGCCUAUCUCCAAGACUUUGAGCCUAGUUCGGGCUCUGAAUGAAUUUGGCCGGAAUGGAAAGGAUUUGGGUUCAACCUUGGCUUCUUUGCCAGCGCCGACAGCCGAUCCAGACGACGGGUACGAGUUGGAAAAGUCUAAGGCAGACUGA